GAGGCACAGACGUGUAUCUAUCUCGUUUUAAGUGUACAAAGUGCAGACGAAGCGAGCUAACCUUCUCCGCGUGUCCCGUCAUGCCACCGUUUGUUUACCUAUGAAACGCACGUGUGUCUGCACGUGUGUCACAACCGCGGAACAUGUUCUCCAUCACCUUGGUAAACAUUGAUAGUUAUCAGGCGUCCCCGGUGCCCGAGCUGGACGUGACAUUCUCGGAGUUCCGUGGCGCCGAGGUAAAAAAGGUGCCGGUAAUCAGGGCAUUCGGCUCGACCGCUACGGGCAAGAAGACAUGCUUGCACAUUCACGGUGUCUUUCCGUACAUGUAUGUCCCAUGCACUGUUCAGGAGAAUACGGAUAGCUACACUUAUCAACUGGCCGCGGCGAUCGAUUCUGCGCUGAACACGUCUUUCGGUUCUGCUAUGUCCACCAGCCAGCACGUGUACAAGAUCCUACGGGUGUCCGCAAUACCUUUCUACGGUUAUCACAAAAAGGAGCACUUGUUUUUUAAAAUAUACUUUUACAAUCCGGCCAUAAUUAAGAGGACGGCGGAAUUGCUGCAGAGUGGCGUUGUUCUCAAUCAGACUCUGCAGCCGUACGAGGCACACAUUCCAUACAUUCUGCAAUUUAUGAUAGAUUAUAAUCUCUAUGGUAUGAAUUUAAUAAAUUUAAACAGCGUGAAGCACAGACACCCCUUGCAGGGGUGUGCGACAACGGAAGACAGCCAAAGCAGAUCUUCGAUGGAUGUGCUAGACUCGCAAGCGUACCUCCCGAUGUCCGUGGCGAGGCAGAGCAUGUGCGAGCUGGAAGUGGACGUGCACGCUUCGGAGAUUUUCAACAGGCGAAGUAUCAGUGAAAAUAUGGAGCUGAAUCCUGGUCUUGCCGCGAUCUGGGACGAAGAGAAAGCAAGGAGGGCCGAGGCUGGUCUAGAGGUCGCGAAGUCGCAAUUACUAUAUCCUAAAACGCCCAGCAAAAUUGUUCUACCUCCAACGCACAAUGAUAUUUACCAAGCGGGUCAAUUAUUAAAGAGAUUGGACGCGAUAUCACAAGUCAAUGAGACACUUACUCCAAGCACGACGGUAUCUUCGUACCCUAUUGAAGUAGAAGAAAGUGAUGAGGUCUUGAAUGCGUCUCAUAUUCUGAACCAUAACGAAUCUUUUGUACCUGAAGAAACUCUUGAAAGAGCAAUUUCGGAUAAUUAUAAAUUGUUGGAACUAGCCUCGUCGGCGUUUUUAGAGGCAACUCGAAGUCAAAGUAACGUAACAGAUACUAGUAUUUUGGAUGCAGAUGACGUACCCCUAGUAGAACUACUAGCUAACUUGGCGGAAGAAAAUGAAACUGCGAGUAAUGUGGACGAAGAUAGCGUCCUCGGGUCUCAAUAUUCUGCGUUCAGCGAGCCGAUUAAGAAUGAUCCAGAGGAAGAGGAGAUUGAGGAUUUAAAUAUCACAAGUUUAGAUCUAGACUUAAGUCCUUGGGAAUCAAUGCACAGCCAGAGAUCCAGUCAAUGUGACAAUACAGUAAAAGCUGUAUACGAAGAGCAGAAUACCGAAGUUACAGAUAAUUCAAACGUUACCGAAGAAAACGGAGACGUUACGCUCGUGAAUUUGCCACAAGUUGAUGGAGUUGAUGACUUGUACGAGGUAUUAAAUUACGAAAAAGCAAAUAAUUUAAGUAAUGAAUAUAAUACAGCAGUUCAGUGCCUUCUUAAAAUAACUGAAGAUUCUAAAAGUAAUAGCUGUGUUCCGGUGACUAAUGUGAGAAGAAAUUGUGCCAUGUAUGUUUCAUAUAGAAAUUUAAGUCUAACGGAUAUUGUUAAAUAUAUUGUAAAUGACCCCAAUGGAUACUGUUUAAGAAAGGAAUUACGCAACUUUGUAAAUAGAUAUAAUUUUCAUAUAUUUUUGAAAACCAGCAAGACUUUACGGAGUACAACAAGUGUGACACAUCCGCAUACUGAUACAAGUGUUGUCGUAAAAGACACGCGUUAUUUAAAAGAUAACGAAGGAAGAAUUGUACAUAAUAAGAAGAUAGAGAGAGAAUUAUAUAUUGCUCGAUGUCAGUUAGAACCAGAUCAUCGAGACUUAGACGUUUUCGAUAUAGAUGACAUAGAAACGCUCGAAACUUUAGAACAUUGUGUGGCAGAUUAUGAAGAAGACAAACGUGACCGUAAACGGGGUUCCGAAUCGUGUGUUCAGAAGGAAGUUCUUUUAAGUAGCAGUCACAGAUGCUUACAUCACGAGCCGUGUAAUUUCUCAAUACAAUUUACAAUAUCGAAUGUUGAUGGAGCUACAGCCACCGAUUCGAGUGAUAGUGAACCUGAGGCUGAUGUGACAAUCAAUGCACAAGAGAACUGCGUGUGCGCUUAUAAAUCCGGUAAAAAGAAUGUACUGCAAAAUACAGUUCAAACCACACCGAGAAAAAGAAAGUUUGAUCUUCAAGAAGACGACUACGAGUCACCUGGUAAACGAAGAAACGUGGCUGUUAAAACGCCAAAAGGAAGAUACGAAUCUCCAGGCAAAGCGCCUCGAAGUCCGCGUUCGUCGGGAAAUUACUCGCCUCUUGAUAUUACUGUAACAUCUCCAAAGUCCAGUAGAAGUCCUGCUCGACAAUGCAAACAAUCUCCGAAAAGAAGUCAAUACGUGCCGACACUUGACGCUCCUUCCACGUCCACUACGCCUAAACACAAGUUACGCCCGUUGCGUGUGAGCUUGCUUCGUGAAAAAAUUUUAAAUUCAGAUCUAGAAAGUAAUGGUGACACUGACAAUGAAACAGAUGCUACCCAUACUGUAAAAAUUGAUAAAACAUCAACGAUCGACGAAACAGUGCAAGACCACGAGCAGAGUACGGAAAGCGGUGAAAAUUCGUCGAUUAAAAAACACAAAGAUGUUCGUAAAAGAUUGUCUUUUUUGGAUUUUGAUGAAGAAGACGCAAAAGCGGGCCACAACGUGAGUCAGUCUGAAACUUCAAUUGCACUUCGGCAUUCGAGUGACCAAGUACAUGCAACUGCUCAUGUUACCAGCGAUGAAAACAGUAAAGACAGUGUCCCAAACAGUCAGUGUACAGAAAAGAGUAAUACCGAUACUUCUCCCGAAAGAAACUACGCGUCAGAUGUACGAAACUUGGCGAAAAAGUCUAUUCACGAUGACAUUAUUCCCGAGACUGAUCUUGAGGAUGAAGAUGAUGUGUGCAGCACAACUUUUACCCAACACCUAAACCAGAAGAUAGAGAGCGAUAGUCAAAGUUCGUCGCUGGAACGGAGCAUUCGUCGCUCGCCGAAAAACUCGAUCAUUACAAUUACUACGAAGUACAAGCCUCCUAGUCCUGAAAGCGUUCGGAAAAGUAUGACGAUGUACGGCAUUCCGAGAUGUAGAUGGCAGAAACCAUUUUUCGGCAAUACACUCGACCUCGCGAAGCAAAAAGAAUUGAGCACGAACGCGUCGCGUUUCGACGCGCCUGCAUUUAAAUCUAGUCUGGAAGAAGUCACGAGUAUCAAACUGUGGCGAAGAAUGAAAGUCAAUGAAUUUCAUCCCUCUGGAGCGAACAUAAAGUCUUGUCACAUCAAACGAACACUUGCGGGAUAUAACACGUUAAUGAUUAAACCACUUAUGGAGCCACCUUCUUCCAAGGAUGUUAAAAAUUGGAUUAGAGCUAAAAAGUACAUAUUGGAGAAAAAUUCUGAUGUCAAAUCGUACAAGCAGAAUAAGGGAAAGGCGUGCAAAAAUGUACACGAUAUACAAGAUUCGUCAAUUAAUGCCAUUAAUGAAGAGAUUAGGCCUCAGUCAGGAAUUUCUAAUAAUUUAAUAAGUAACGAUUCGAACGUGGACGGACAUAUGCAUUCGCCAAUGCCUCAACAAAGCGUGCCGAGUGGAACAUCUGACGAAACCAAGAGACUAAAAUGCACACAGAACUCCGAUAAUUCGCAAACAUCGGGUAACAGUUUAGAUUCUUCUUUAAAAAAAGCACUGGAAAAUCCGUUGCUGCAUAAACAGGAUAAGACACACCUAGGUAUUUCAUAUGGUCAAAUCGAAUGUUCGUCUAAAGGGAGCUACGGUAACGUGUCGAAUGAGAACCUUCAGAAAGCUAGAGCGAUAACAGUACAUCAGCAUCUAACAUCAUUGUCUCUCGAAGUGCACGUCGUUACUCGGGAAGAUCUCCUUCCUGAUCCGCAGUAUGAUUCCAUAGCCGUCUUAUUUUACGCGAUUUACAACGACGCCCCGACAGUUGCCGAUGAGCGGAUAGAACACGGCGCUAUUAUUGUAAAUCCCAAUUCUAUAAGCGAAAGGCUCAACAAGAUCCACUCUGCUAGUGCGAUGUGUCCGAUCCUAUACGUUGCAGCAGAACAGGAUUUGUUCAACAGCCUUGUAAGAUUGAUCGAGCGACACAACCCAGAUAUUCUACUCGGCUGGGAAGUGGAGACGCUUUCAUGGGGCUACGUAUUUCAGCGAGCGUUUCAUCUUGGUCUUAGUAACUUCCCCCUGAGAAUCUCUAAAGUUCCACACACGCAGAUAUUUACCAGAUCUGACGCUCACGCGUUUGAAAAGGACGACGCAGGUGAUGUAAAAGUACCUGGUCGCAAUAUCCUUGAUGUCUGGAGAAUCAUGAGGCACGAAGCAGCAUUAUUGACAUAUACCUUCGAGAACGUCAUGCACCACGUUUUGCACGAAAGAAUUCCGUGCCCUUCUUUCAAAACGUUGUCCGCUUGGUGGAAACAAGAGAGUAUGAUAGUAAAAAGCAGAGUCAUACGCCAUUACGUCAUAAGAGUCACAAGUACUCUCAAGCUGUUGAAUCACUUGGAUAUCAUCGGCCGCACGUGUGAACUCGCCCGCCUCUUCGGCAUACAAUUUUACGAAGUUUUCUCGCGAGGCUCGCAGUUUCGCGUCGAGUCUAUGAUGCUCAGAUUGGCGAAGCCCAUGAACUACAUUCCGAUCUCGCCGUCCAUGCAGCAGAGAGCAAAGAUGCGAGCGCCGGAGUGUCUACCGUUGAUCAUGGAACCCGAGUCUGAAUUUUAUACCGAUCCAUUAAUCGUGCUCGACUUCCAAAGUCUAUAUCCGAGCAUGAUCAUUGCUUACAAUUACUGUUUCUCCACCUGUUUAGGGAGGAUAGAACAUAUCGGCCAAUACUGGCCGUUCGAGUUUGGCGCAGCGACAUUAAGGACAAGGAAGAACACUGCGUUAAAGUUACAAGAUAAAAUGAACUUUUCGCCCUGCGGCGUAGCCUUCGUGAAGAAAGAGGUACGUCAAGGAAUACUGCCGCGUAUGCUAGCGGAAAUUUUGAAUACGCGUCUCAUGGUGAAGGAGUCAAUGAAGCUGCAUCCGGCAGAAGAUCGUACGUUGCAGCGCGUACUUCAUUCUCAGCAGUUGGGCCUCAAAUUAAUCGCAAACGUCACUUACGGCUAUACAUCCGCCAAUUUUAGUGGUAGAAUGCCGUGUAUCGAGAUAGGCGAUAGCGUGGUGAGCAAGGGACGAGAGACAUUGGAACGUGCGAUCAAACUGGUGGAAACCACCCCAAAAUGGGGAGCACGAGUGGUUUAUGGGGACACAGAUUCCUUAUUUGUACUAUUGCCCGGCAAGUCUCGAGAAGAAGCGUUCACCAUCGGCGAGGAGAUCGCGGACGCUGUUACCGCGACUAAUCCUCCGCCCGUCAAGCUUAAAUUUGAGAAAGUUCUUCAUCCAUGCAUUUUACAAACAAAGAAGCGGUAUUGCGGAUACAUGUAUGAAACUCGCGAUCAGGAGAAGCCUGAGUUCCUGGCGAAAGGAAUCGAGACGGUUCGCAGGGAUGGGUGUCCCGCUGUUUCGAAAAUACUCGAGAGGGCCCUCAAAAUCCUGUUUGAGACAAAGGACAUUUCUCUAGUGAAGCAGUAUGUUAGCAGACAGUUUGAUAAAAUUUUUCAGCGACGCGUGUCCAUCCUGGAUCUGACGUUCGCGAAAGAGUUUCGCGGAAUGCGUGGCUACAAAGCCAACGCCUGCGUGCCGGCAUUAGAGCUGACACGAAGAUUGAUCAGGAAGGAUCCCCGCGCUGUGCCGCGCACCAGCGAGCGCGUUCGCUACGUCAUCGUCGCGGGUGCACCGAAUCAAGCGCUCAUCCACUGCGUGCGUACGCCGAUGGAAGUCGUCGCCGAUCCGUCGUUAAUCCCGAACGCCGUGUAUUACAUUACGAAAGUCAUCAUACCGCCUCUCAAUCGCUGUUUCAAUUUAUUCGGGAUCGAUGCCAAUGCGUGGUAUAAAGAGAUCUCUCACCGUUCGAGUUUCGAUCAUGCCGCACACUUGGGAGAAGGCAACCCAAAAUCUACUAUUCGUCAAUUCUUCAGUUCUGCGGCAUGUAUUACCUGCGGGGAACAGACCCAUAAAGAUAUCUGUCCAGAUUGCCUUCUGCAACCAAGCCGGACCGUUCUCAUACUUCUCGAAAAGAACAAACAAUUAGAAAGGAAUCAUCAACAAAUUACUGCCAUCUGUCAUUCUUGUAUUGGACAGUCAGGCGACAUAGAAUGUGUUUCUUUGGAUUGUCCUGUUUUAUAUCGAAUGGCACAAGCUCGCAAAGAGCUUGGGCGAGUUUCUUACAUUAACAAUGUUAUUUAUGGAAAUAAUUGCGGCGGAAUCAGGGAAUUGAAUUCAGUUGCUGAAUGGUAUUGAUUAUGGUGGAAAUAAAUCUUUUAUUUACACAAAAUGAUCAAAA